AUAUUAAUUCCUCAUCUUUCUUUUGUUUCAUAUUUAUUUUCGUGUUAUUACUUGCAAAAUUGUGCUGCUCAUUUUAACUUAAUAGAACUAUAUAAGUACGGCUUUCUUGGUUUUUGUUUAAUUACUUUAUUAGCUACUCAUAUUUUGAUUAUUAUUGUAUUAAACUUCAACCUCGUCUUAUUAUUCUGCUUUUAAAUUUGUAAUGGUUGAAUUAAUUAUCAACUGAAAUUGGGUUCCUAGUGUAUUUUUUUUUGUAUUUCGCUUAAUGUACUCUGUCCGGAAUUAAUAAUCAUAUUGUCCGUUUAAUUCGUGAUCAAUACGAAUUUAAUUUCCCCAUUUUGUUGGUAAUUCAGUGUAGAGUUUUUUGAAUUUAAUUCGUGAUCAAUACGAAUGAACUGGAGAACAAAUGAAGAAUUGCCCAAAACACUGUUGAUUGACUAUAUAAUAUGCAGGAGUGAACUGUGAGCGAAAGCGUUCAAUUCAAAUAUUGAGUGUUGUCCCUAGAUUGAGUCCAACAUGGGGUCCUUAAGACUAUUUCAAGCAGUUUCAAAGGGUCAUUUUGCAGCAAGAGAUGCGGUGUUCAGAAAUUCGCCAUAUGAUUCAGCCAGUAUCCUAGCAGAAGCAUCGAAUGCAGUAAUGCAGUACCAACUUCCUGAAGCUCAACGCCUGGAUUCCCGAGUAGCAAAUAUUGGGCGAAAUCCAUGUGGAGAAGCUGAUACUGUCUUGCAAAUUGCUGGCUCAUGGCACAAAAGGUCUAUGACAGGCGGGGCAGCCUGGAUUAUGAAGGAUGAUCGAUUGCAGACAAUACAUGGUAGCUGCUUGCAGACCUCUGGAGUCUCUGCCUUACAGAUGGAUGCUUUGGCUUGUUUACAUGGUAUCAAAUGGGCAGCAACACACCGAUUACACAAUGUAAGCAUCUACACUGGUUCUCGUAAUCUGGUAGAGCUUUUACAGGGAAGUAUGCCACUGGACAUUACACUAUUAUGGACAAUCCAGGAAAUCAGAGGUCAAGCUUUGCUGUUGAAUUGGUGUUGUGUGCACAAGGUCUCAAGAUCUCAAUUUCGUCAAGCUCAAAAUGCUGCUAUUGCUUGUAGGGCAGGAUUACUUACUCCUGAAAACUUUUAAGUACUUCUAUUGUUUAGGUUGCGAGUAGUCUUUAAUGAUGUCAAAUAAAAAUUUCAAACCAUUAAUGUAUGCAGCUCGACAUAUGAUUCUUGCAUUCA